AUGAAGACGAAGAACGUUGAUGAUCCUCCAAACUUAAACAAAGCCGAAAUCCAAGGGCUUUUUAUGGAAAUAAAGAGGCUUGGAGAAGUAAUUAAAACAUUACAACAACAACUAAACGCAACCAAAGCAAAAAAUGACAACUCUAGUUCAAACAAUAACAACACACCCGGAGAAGACGACAACCUCUGCAAAGUGAACUACAACAACAACAAUUCCACCUUCAUGGACAACUACACCUACAGCGAGGACACUUCGUUCCCUCCACUCAAUUCUACAAGAAACAAACAAAAGAGGACAUCGAAGCUUGCAACCAAAAAGACAUCGAACGCUGAUGGAACUCAAGACUCUUAUGAUUCCAUAUAUUUGGCGGAUGAUUGAACUAAAGCGAGGUAUUUCGUUGGAAGUUGGUAGUCAUGGCAACAUUUGCUAUGACGCAGUCCAUAUCUCUCGUCGUUUCUAAAACGACGCAACAACAAUCGCAAAACAAAUAUGUGCAAAAUUUCAGUGUGACCGGAACUUGCUAAAGAUUAUUAUUAAAGUACAACAUAUAUGAAUUUGGUCCAAAUUAUCGAAAAAAAUUACCAAAAAUUAUAAUACAAUCAAAAAAAAAAACAUAUUUUGUUAUACAUUUUUUUAAGCCGAAAUUAGCUAAAUGAAAUUUGAAAUAAGCCAGAUUUUAAGCUAUAUGCAUUUCAAGUAUUUUUCAAGCUAUUUCAUUUUAAAAUAUGCUAAAUCUAGCUUGAAAUAAGCUAAAAUGGCAACAAUGAAUGUGGAAGCUUAUUUAUGCACACGCAACGUAAUAACAGCUGAUUGACAGUAGGACCGCACGAGUUUAUGGCCAAGAAACAAACCUUAAUUUGCACAACCUAUAACUUAGAUGUACUGCUAGCCAAGACACAACCCUUAAUUUGCAUGAAAUAAAAUUUAUCCGCAAAUUUUUAAAAUAUUUCUGCGAAGCUAAUUGGGGAGUUUUUCAAACACAAAUUUUAAUAAAAUAUAAAAUUUUUCCGCCAUUUCCUAUUUCCAGUCCAGUAAAAUUGUUAUCGAGACUUUCACAAUGCCGAACUAUUAUAUCGUCGUCUUAUUUAAAUAAAAUUUAAAUCAAAAUUCAAGAGCGAUGACUCCAGAUAUACG